CAUGUGAUCAUGUGAUGCUUCCUUAUGUUUCGCUGCCGUUCAACGCAUAGCAUCUUGGUCAUUACUGUGUCAUUAUACACCAUUUAAUACCUUUUCGCUGUUACCUCCGUUCCUGGCUGUGUUCAAUGGAAUGGCGGACAGCGAACGAUCUCCGCUGCUGGCAGAUACUCGAGAUGAAGCAAACGGGUUGUCUGCAGGAGAUGGCCAGUAUGGAGUUCUGACUAAACCUCAAAGUCUUCCUUCGUUUUCCAGUGCUUCCCAGGAGGCGCCUCCUCCCUACUCCCCUCUGGGUUCUCCGGACAGCAGCAGUGCCCCGGUCAUCAGCUGCAGGGUGUGCCAGAGCCUCAUCAGUGUAGAAGGGAAGACCCAUCAGCAUGUGGUCAAAUGUGGAGUCUGCAAAGAGGCUACACCCAUAAAGAAUGCUCCCACUGGGAAAAAGUAUGUGCGCUGCCCCUGCAACUGCCUCCUCAUCUGCAAGGUGACGUCACAGCGGAUCGCCUGCCCACGACCGUACUGUAAGAGGAUCAUUAACCUGGGGCCGGUGAACUCAGGAUCCGUGGCCUCAGAGCCUCAGCCUACUGGAGCGCGCGUCUGCUGCGGACACUGUGCCAACACGUUCCUGUGGACAGAGUUUACAGACAGGACACUAGCCAGAUGCCCACACUGCAGAAAAGUUUCUUCUAUUGGUCAGCGUUAUCCGCGAAGGCAGAGCUUAUGGUGUUUCCUGUUGUGUUUGAUCUUCGUCAUAGCAACAGCAGGCCUAAUAGCGGGCACCUGGGUCCAGACGCAGUCAAACAAGCGGAUCUACGCAGCGUGGGCCGUGCUGAUUGUGCUGGCGUUGCUGAGCCUGGCCCGGGCCAUCUACUGGACCUGCGUGAAGAUCAGUGAGCCCCUCCAAAGCUACGCCUGAAGCACAGAGCAAACCAAUGAUGGGGGCGGAGAGUUAAGAGAAGAGUGGACAGGAUGGACAGAGGGAACAGUGGGAAGAAGAGAGAGGGAGAUAAUGAAUAGGGAGGAGUGGGUGGAGGGGAGUAUGAUGGAAAGAUGGAUGGAUGGAGUGGUAGAAUAGUCUGAUGUGUGGUGCCGUUUGGAACAUGAAUAGAGGCGGGUGGAGGCAAUAAGCUUUUUGUUAUGUACAUGUUUUAAAAUGUAAGUCAUGCCGUACCGAUCAACUUUUAUUCCCUGUGCUGUGUGCUGUGUAGCCUGUCUGUGCCCCCCCCCCCAGCUUCUCCCCAAGCUUCCCCAGGCAUGUCCAAGUCGAAGUAUUGAAAUACUAAAGUCCCCCUCCCUCAGUUCCUUAUAUAAUUCCUAAUGGCAUUAACACUUACUGUGACAUUUCCUGGAAGGUGGGUGGUUUUGUUUUUUAAUGUACAAAUGUUUACCGCUCAUAAUUUACUGACUUAAGCCCAGACCACCUGAAUUGGACUCUUUCAGGGCUCUCAGUGUGGAUGGCACUGUGGCAUUAGCAUGCAUUCUGCAUUCUAUGGUUAACUGACAACAUGCAGUAUGCAGAAGCCAUGAGAACGCAGGUGUUGUCUCACCUGUGAUGGCGUCAAUGAAGAGCCCAUUUAGUAAAAACUGUUGAUCAUGAAAUGAGGAAGGUGUGGAGUCAGUUACAGACCAAGCUUUCCUCCUCUUCUCAGCCGUCAUGGUUAUAUCCUGAUCAUUUUUUAACACUUUGAGUUAUUGUGGCUGGUUUUCCCUUUUGAUCAUCACUGUUGUAAUUAAACCAUGCAGAUAUGAUCUAUAAACUUGUUCAAUACAUGUAGGUGCAAACUGGAAAAAGUGCUAACAGGUGUUAUUAUUCAUCUCUGGCUAAAUUACAACCCCAACACUACCUUUCUCACACACACACACACACACAUACACCAAAAAUCAAUAUAAAAUCUCAAUGAUUUGGGGGCAUAAUUUAGGGGAAAUGGCUAUCAAUGUUUACUUUUCUCCCUCAUAAACUAACUUAAGGUCUAUUUUUAAUCUUUUUUUUUUUUUCAGGUGUUUAAUAUUGUUAAAUGUAAAUGUUGAAAUGUACUACAGUUGAUGACAACUAAUUCAUUCCUUUUUUGUCAAUAUGUUUAUUUUUGCAUUUUUUGUACAUUUAUCUGUAAUAAAUAUUUUAACAACGGAA